AAGUUUAUUAUGAUACAGUAAGCGUUAACGCAUUGAUCUGAAUAAUAUAAUGUAUAGUAUGUGUUAAUAAUUCAUGAAUAAAUACGCGAUUACUGAUUCUUUGAAGCAACUUCAGAGUGAAAUAUUACAUUUACUCAUGAGAUAACACUCACGAGAUAAUAUGAGAAAAUGUCAAUGAUCCAAACUAUUGCUAAUCAGACAAAUUGAUACAAGUGUUGUUAAGUAUUUAAUUCAGCGAUUAAUCUGAUACGUACAUCCAACAAAAUACAAUCAUUGUCGAGAGUUUCUUGAUUAAACAGUGCAGCACAACAUCUCGUCGAGUUAGCAAAUCACGAUGAAUAUUAGUUUUCAAGGCAAGCGGAUUCUCGUCACUGGUGCUGGUCAAGGAAUUGGUAAAAAUUUAGCACUACGUUUGUCCAAAUAUAAAGCUGAAGUUAUAGCUCUUUCUAGAACGAGUGAUAAUUUAAACAAAUUACUUGUCGAGGAUCCAAAGAUCAUACCAGUAUGCGUUGAUCUUAAAGAUUGGAAUGCAACGAGAAAAGCUGUUGAAAACAUUUUACCGAUCGAUCUAUUGGUGAAUAAUGCUGGUGUAGCUCGUUUAUCUCCUUUCUUGGAUGCAACACCGGAAGAAUUUGAUUUAGUAUUUAACGUCAAUGUUAAAGCCAUUAUGAACGUCUCUCAAGUGGUCGCUAAUAACAUGAUCAAAAGAAAUGUUGGUGGUAGUAUCGUCAAUAUAUCCUCCCAAGCAAGUAAAGCAGCAUUGAAGGAUCAUGCUGUUUAUUGUUCUUCCAAAGGGGCCGUCGAUAUGUUAACAAAAACAAUGGCUCUCGAGCUCGGUCCUUUUAAUAUUCGAGUGAACGCUGUCAAUCCUACGGUUGUUCUAACAGAAAUGGGAAAAUUAGGAUGGAGCGACAAAGAUAAAGCUUCGAGUAUGAUAAGUAAAAUUCCAUUAGGUCGAUUCGCAGAAGUCAACGAAGUCGUAGAUGCGAUAGUAUAUCUAUUAAGUGAUCGCAGUUCAAUGAUAAACGGAAUAACUUUACCAAUAGACGGUGGAUUUUUAGCAACAUAAAUUACCUUAUUUAAAUUGUAAAACUCAUAAAAAAAAAAAAGAAGUCGUCAUACAAUUUCUAUUUUUUCUUUAACCAAUUCAAAAGUUUAUAAUCUUUACGUACUAUGUAAAAUAAAAAUUCAAUUGUAUAAGUAUGUAUAUUACUGUAGUAUAAUCAUUUACAAAUAUGUGUAAGUACAAUACAUGUACCAACUAUUUAAAGAAGAAAAUAAAUAGAACAAAACAAAAAAAAAAAGAAAGAAAAAAAGAACAGUAAGUAAAUAUCUAUUCAGUAAAAA